CAGGUAACGUGGGCUUGUGACUCGAGUGAGGGCAUCAAUGUGGUUGAAGGUUGGUUUGGCUGGAGAGGUAGGGUCCGCUGGGGUUUGAGACAUUGGCUUGCCCGUUCCAAGUGGGGAGUUUGAACCUUGUGACCCAGCCGAAGGGUUGGGGAACGUGGUUCCUAGAGUGGAGGGCACCGCGUGAGGCUGGGUUCACAGAGCAGCGUACACCUCCCGCUCCCUUCGGUGGAAGGACAACGAGCCAGUACUCCACGGGCCCAACAAUGCCUCCUCAGCCGCUCUCAACCCGACAACCACUUUUUCCCCCCUCUUUUGCUUUUCUUCAUUCCAGCCAGUGGGUCAUGGGUAAAUGGGGGCCAAAAUCAGUGACUGGGUUUAGUUUCUGAAAAUAGUUGGUGAGCCAUUUGAUUUGCACCCAGAAUAUCCUAUAGAUUUUUGGAUAUAUUCAUCAAUGUCAUGACACCUUCUUCAGAAGGAUUCCUUGUUUUUUACUGAUUGAGGUUACCAGAUGACCCAUCUCUGUUCAGAUUACAAGUAAUGAGAGAAAGACAAAUUCUACUUAAAAUUGCAUGUAAAUUUACCAGUCCAUUCAACUUCUGUGGGGCAUGCAAAUGCCCUGCCAAUUCCAUGGAACUCUUCUCAGUAACAAGAGAUAAUUCUAGUUCACACUUCAUGCCUACUAACUCUUGUCCAUCUACUCUCAUUCAUUCAUGCAUCUAAUAGUUGAAGAAAUUUUUUGUGGGGUUUGAAGUGCAUCCAGAGAAGCUUUGUGAGAUCAAAAUAAGGAAUUGCAGGAAGCAAACCUCUUGGAACAUGUUAUUCCUACAAAGAUGGAUUUUUCUCACUGAGAGAAGUGCAUGAGUUCCCCUCUUGCUUAAUCUUUAAUGGUGAGAUUGGAUCUCAAAGUGCAUUUCAAAGUGUGGGAAUAUUUGAAUUUAAAAUGUUUGUUUGGAAUGUGCUGAUAGAUUGAAGGGGUUAUUUGGAAUCCACAAGGGAACAAAACCAUCCUUUAUACUUGGAUCCUUCUAGGUUUUGAAGAUGUAUCAACUUUCUGCCAUCCUUCUGGUGGCCCAACUCUAUUAUGAUUCCUGUUUUGUCACGUUUGGAUUUGUGGCUUUAAAUGUUAUCAAAAGCAAAUUGACCAUUUGGCUUGUAUCCCUAAGUUUCCAACUAAGUUGGGGAUGUGGCAGUUUUCUUGCUGAUUCAUCUUCUGGGGCCUGUCAAUGUGUAAAGGGAUGUUUGGUAAGGUCUUUUCUGGAGCAUGAAGAAGCAGCUACAGAUGUCCUGACGGAAGCUUACACCCUUGUACUCUUGGGAAGCAAAUGUUCUCUAUCAGCCAAGUGGAGCAUGUGAAUGAAGGGAAAAGUGAGAAAAGGAGGUGUAAGUAAAAGCCAAAAACUCCAAAGUUGUAUAUGAAAAGUUGCUUGAUUCCAUUUUGUUGAAUUAGACUGUUCAAAACGUUGGGAUAGAGCUGUCAAAACAAACUCUCUUUCAUUUCAUUUCAUUUGCAUUUAUUCUAACUGUAAAGUUACGCAUGGCCCAGAUGU